ACCCGCUUCCCCAACUCCGUCUGGCUCCCGCCUUCGCCCGCUUCCGGUCGUCGUCGUCGCCGCUGCUGCCGCUGCUGCUGCUGCUGAGGCUGCUGGCGGAGGCCGGAGGAUCGGGCGGCGGCGGCGGCGGCGGCUGAGAGGGCGGCGGCGGGAGCGGAGCGGGACGAGAGAACGAGAGGAAGCGAGCGAGGAGCGCGCAGAGCGCGCUUUUCCGUGCGCCUGAGGAGCCGAAGCAGCCCCGGCCCCGCCGCCGCCGCCUGGCCGCCGGACAAAGCCGAGAGCCCGCGCCCACAGCCAUGUCCUCGUCAGCCGGCAGCGGCCACCAGCCCAGCCAGAGCCGCGCCAUCCCCACCCGCACCGUGGCCAUCAGCGACGCCGCGCAGCUACCUCAUGACUAUUGCACCACGCCCGGGGGGACGCUCUUCUCCACCACACCGGGAGGAACUCGAAUCAUUUAUGACAGAAAGUUUCUGUUGGAUCGUCGCAAUUCUCCCAUGGCUCAGACCCCACCCUGCCAUCUGCCCAAUAUCCCAGGAGUCACUAGCCCUGGCACCUUAAUUGAAGACUCCAAAGUAGAAGUAAACAAUUUGAACAACUUGAACAAUCACGACAGGAAGCAUGCAGUUGGGGAUGAUGCUCAGUUCGAGAUGGACAUCUGACUCCCCUGCAAGGAUUAGAAGAAAAGCAACACUGAUACUUGUGUGCACCUGAUUUGGCCAAUAGGAUCAACAGUGAAAAGACAGAAGAGGCAAUACCAGCAGUCCCCAUUACAGUCUCCACCUCCCCCUCUUCCUCUGGGUGCCAAAUGAUGGGAAGAUGAGCUUCAUCUGACCAUUUCUUCUCCCUGUUUCCUGUUCCCCUUCCCAGUUAAACAGGUUAGAUUGAAGGCUGUGUUUCUGUAGAGCUAAGCAGCCCUUAGAGGACAACAGUUCAACUCUGACUUUCCUAGUUGUUUUUUUAUUGAGAGCCACCCUCCUACCCUGUAAUUUUGUCCCACAUCGAAUCUCAACCUACCAACAACUGCCUGUCUGGGAAGGGAUACAGAGGCUUGGUGGGCGUAACACCAUUCAUGUUCCUUACCCUCUGUCUCUCCUCCGUGUAUCCCACCUAUGGUUCAGUGUUGCAAGAGUCUGGGCUUGGGAUCUUUACUACCAGCAGGGGGAAAUGAUAAAAAAGAGAGCUGCUUUCCCUUUUACCUUGAGGUAUUUGUCCCUCGGGACAGAGCACAGCUUGUGCAACUCUGGUAGCAUUACCCUGUGACACUGUUUUGAGGUCCACUUUCUUUCCUCUGGGAGGAGUGUCUUCUGUCUUUGGUAUUAUAGUUCAUCUUCCCGUUCUUUUACUUAGUGCAUUUGUACAGAUAUUUUUAACUCUGUACAUCAGAAGAGAGCCCUUGCUAACCAGUUUUGCUCUUCUUCUGCCACUCUUCCCUGCUUGCAUUUUGUUGCUGGCAGAGUCCUCUUGUACUUCAAGAAAGCGAAGUGAUUUUGUCUGCUCCUAAAGCAGGUCCAUACCAAGUAAUAGAGGCACUUUAGCCUCUACUUGGUGGGUAAAGCCUGAUCAUAGUAUUCUGUCAGAUAAUGCCUAAGAAUGACCUCUGAAGAACGUUGACCCAUUUGAGUACCCGGUCUCAGACGUCAUUUUUAAGUCCAGUGAGCAUUGUGAUAGUUGUUCUUAGAUUGCAGUUUCUUAUGUUUUGAGUUUGAAGUUGAUUUUCAGAAUGUUCUUAGAAAAGAACUGCAUUUUUUCCUUUGUGGAUCUGCUUUGUUUGGCUAUUGGGAUAGAUAAGCAUGGGCUUAAAAAAUGUGUUCCUCCCAGUUUUCUUGCCUUUCCUGUUGUACUCUGAAUUUCUCUCCCUACCUUCCUCACUGUCUUCCUCUCUCCUUCCUUUCCUUCCUUUUUCUCUACCAGGCCAUUUCAAAUUUACAUCAAAGAUACCUCAAGUGUUGGUAUCUGAGAAUAUCUGUCACUCCUCUUAUCUGAGAAGUGACCUUUUAUUUUUAAGAUGACUACAGACCUAUUUUUAGAUAUGUUUUCAGUACAAUUUUGAACAGCAACUUUUUAAUUAAACAUCUUCCAGUGUUAGGAAGAUGAGAAAUGUUCAUAGGCGAGUCUGCUGUUCUAUGUCACCAUCUUUUGUCUCCCCUAGUCCCCCAGGAGCUCUUUCCUUUCCCCUCUAGUUUUGAGUGUGCAUGUUUGGAGUUUGUAGUGGGUGGUUUGUAAAACUGGACCAUUCUGCCUUGCUAUGGGUUGUUCAUGAAAGCCUCAUUCUUUUCUCUGACCCUUUAGCUUUUGCAUUCACCCUCCUUCCCACCUACCUCUCCUGGAACUAUUGAGCAGCAUAAUAAUCCCAGGAGAAUGAUUCCCCUCAUAGAAAGACUAAAGCAUCCAUCCCCUUAUAGUUAAGUAGCCACUGGUGUCCUGGGAAUUUCUGGUUGGAUUUGGUGCCCUGAACUUUUUAUUAAAAAAUCAGAUCCCAGGGUGAGAGUAACAGCCAUUUGGCCAAGAAAGAAACCUGUUUUUCUUUUGAACUAUGAAAAGACCCUGUUUGUGAAUACAUUUUAGAAAGAAGAGAGGAAGGAUGUCUGCAGAACUUUGUUCUGUUUUCUGCUACAAAAAUGUGAAUAGUUCAGAGUGAAAAUCUUUUGUGAUGGUUGAUGUCUCAGGAAUAAGCUGGAUCUCCAAUGUUUUGGGGAUGCUUUGAGUCUCAAAAAAAUUGAUAAUCAGAAAAGUAUUUUUUGUUUGUUUGUUUAAUGUAUCCCUGUUCUGUUUAAUUAAACUCCAAGUCUCAUUUUACAAAUUCUUGGAAAAACCUAAGUUGCGCUGUAAUUUACAUAAGAAGCAUGCUCAGGACCUCUUUGCACCCUGGGGAGCCUGAUUCUUUGGGAAUGAAGCUUUUCGUUCUUCAUACACUGGCCUUGGCAUCCUGUGGAAUUUGACCCAACUAGCAGCUAGUCAGUCAGUCCGUCAGUGAGCGGAAGAGUGAACUGUUCUUGAUCUUUAUUGCUAUGUGUGAAAACUUGGCUUCCUCACUAAAUGGUGGGGAAUGGAUUUAAAGCAUGAGCUUUAGUAGUAUCAAGAUGCCAUUUUCGUUUUUCUUGCCGUCUUGGGGAGCUUCUGCAUGUGACCCCCUAAUCAGAAGGCAUGUUUUUAGUAUUUCUUGGGAGUGUCAGCUGUAUAAUGCGGCAGCUGUUCAAUCCCUUACCCUUCUCUGCAAGGACCUCCUUAAGGCUUGGUGCAGUUCUUCCCCAGAGGCCACCACUACUAGACAGUCUUUGACCUCCAUAAGUUGGCAUUUAAAAAAUAAUUUCACAAGAUACGAGAUAAACUUCCAAUAGAUGAUACCUUUGUGUCAUGCCUCAUAGAAUUAUUUUUAGAACAGGCCAGAGUCUAUUGGGUGGUUUGCCUCUGCAUGUUUGGAGGGAACCUCACAGAUGAAACCCUUAAUGAAUGUGUCCUGGGUUUUUAGAGGGAAGGAAUACUCAAGUUACCACUUUGACUGAGACAGCUCUUAACAUCUUAGUUCCCAUUUGUAGUUUUCUUUUUGCGAGGAACCUAUGCUUCUAUACUUGUGGGGACAAUUGAUCUUAAUGAGAAGUGACUUUCCUUCAAAUUCCAACAGCAGACAUGCAUUGUCAUGGUUCUGCCUUCUUUAUAGUGUGGUUUAUUGAGUUCAGCAGUUCUCACGUGCUGUUUAAAUAGGUACAGCAUUUUCAAGGGCACAGAUACAGAGAAGCUGACUUUCUAGGUGCUGGGCUUCCAAGCCAAGAGUUUUGCCCUUCCACCUGUAUUAGUUAUCUGUUGCUGUGUAACAAAUUACCCUAAAUUUAGUAUGUUAAAAUAGUAAACAUUAUGUGUCAGUUUCUGUGGGUUAAGAAUUUGGGAGUAGUUUAACAUGAUGGUUCCGGCCCAGGGUAUUAUGAAGUUACAGUCAAGAUGUGAGCAGGGGCUGCAGUCAGCUGGAGCUGGAGAUACCACUUCCAAGUUCUCUUUUUGUGGCCGUUGGCAGGAUGCCUCAGUUUCUUCCCAUGUGGGUCUCUGCAUAAGGCACCUGGCUUCUCCCUGAGCAGCUGAUCCCAGAGAUUGUGGGGCAGGGCCAGGAGAAAGCUGCAGUGCCUUUUAAGAAGGACUUUUGGAAAGGACACACCAUCACUUCUUAUCCUAGUCUUUAGAAGCAAGCCACUAAGCUCAGCCUUCACUCAAGGAGAGAGGAAUUACACAUACCUCUACCCCAGUGGAGCAGUAGCAAAUAAUUUAUGGACAUAUCUUAAAAGCACCACACCCCAACUGAGGAUGAAAGUAGGUCAACAGGGAGGUAGGUUUAAUGUAGAUAGGCUGAAAGAUAGAUUGCUAUCAAAAACAAUUCUCCAAGAUGUGCAUAACCAAACUGGACAGAAGGCAAACUCCCCAAAGCUACCUGCUGGUUUUGAGAGAGUGGUAAGAAAUGGCAAUUCCUAGCAGUAGUAGAAAGUAAUAUACCUAACUACCAACAGCUCAAGUAUGCUUAUUUGCACGUCCUAGACUUGGUGUCCGUAAGACUUAUUUACCACUUUUAUUUUCCUGUAGCUAGGAAUUAAUGAAAGGAACUGGGGCCUUCCAGCUGAGCCACUAAACCUGUCUUGUUUGGAAUGGGGACUGUCCAGCAAAGGGAGCAAACAUGAAUUAGAUGUUAAGCUAUUGAGCUGAAGAAAAGAAAGCAGUUCACAUUUAGGUGAAAUAGAUGAUGUUAUCAGGAAGCCAGGUUCCCACCAGAGUGGGUGCUUGGUACCUGGUCUCUCCAGUCUCAACAGACUCAGGUCAGGUCUCUCACCCAGGAAGCAACCACUCAAUAAAGUAGGGAACAUCUGAGAAUGACAAAUGUCAGUGCUUGAUUGCUCCUCUAAAUCCAGUGCACAGGUUAACCCUGCAUGCCCGCCCAUCUCUUCCUGGGCUUCUUGAUGGCAAUGUGUUCUUAAAGAACUGGUCUUGUGUUCUCCCUCAAGACAAACUUAGGUUUUUCAGUUCAGCACAUUCUAGUGAAUGGCUACUAUGUGUUUCUGGCACUCAUUCCUAACCAAGUCUUCUUUCUUUUCUUUUCUUUCUUCUCUUUUCUUUUUUUUUUCCUGAGGCAAGAGUUGCGACCUGUCGCCCAGACUGGAGUGCUGGAGUGCAGUGGUGUGAUCUCGGCUCACUGCAGCUUCUUGCCUCCCAGGUUCAAGUGUUUCUCCUGCCUCAGCCUUCCGAGUAGCUGGGAUUACAGGCAUGCACCACCACGCCUGGCUAAUUUUUAAUUUUUGUAUUUUUAGUAGAGAUGGGGUUUCAUCAUGUUUGCCAGGCUGGUCUUGAGCUCCUGGCCUCAAGUGAUCCACUCACCUCAGCCUCCCAGAGUGCUGGAAUUACAGGUGUGAGCCAUCGCACCCGGCCAAAUAUGCAAAUUCUUGUUUGGAUUUAUGCUCUGCCUCUUCCCAGCAUUUUCUUAUCUGUAGCCCUGAUUGCUUGAGAGUAUAUUUGGAUAAGAAGUACUGCUGUUGAGGGAACUAUAAGAAAAGGAUACUUCUUCCAGAAGUAAAUAACUCAUCUUUAGAGUACCUUUAAAUGAAUUUUGUUUUUCUUUCUUAUUUUGAGGUGGAUUGGUCUUCUCUUUUUUUGGGUUUCCAGCUCUUUGAGACUCUCAGACCUUAUCUUUCCAGCUCAAACACCAUUGGUUAAAUUCCCUCAUUCUCAUUAGAAUGCAGCCUGCUGAGUAUGUGGGUUUCACUGCUGGAGUCCAUCCUUUAGCCAGUAUACAUAGAGGGCCUGCUUCAAAUCAAGGCAACUGGUGAAGGGCUCAGCAUGUUGGCAGCAGUAUCCAAGAGAUUGAAUCUGUUUCCAUUUUCCUCAUCUAGGAUAACAGCUGCUUGAAGCCAGGGCUCUUAGCCCUUUGCAUUCCCCUUUAGAGAGGAAGCCACACUGCCUUUCUGUGUCUGGUUCAGAGCUCUUCCUUCUUGGCAUGUUUUCUGGACUACAUGCACAUGGGCAGCUAUUGAUUAAUCUGCAAAACCCAGUCAUUUGCCUACCCAUAAUAUCUGGGAAGGCGUGGUAUUUGUUUUAAAGAAACGUUUCUUUGGGAGGGCAGUUUCUGUCUAGACUUUGAGGUGGACUUAGUUACCCUACAGUUCUUUAACUCUCAGUUUUUAAUAAAAGAUGAAAUCAGAUAUUGAUGCAGUUGGGUCACAAUUCUUUAGAAUGCUUCUACCCCAGGGCUGCUUCCUGUUCCUAGUCAUGGUUUUCCAGUUUAGUAGUGGAGUUUCUUGAGGCUAACUUACAGAAAUUUCUAACUGAAAACUUUAAGAGUUAUUGAUACUUACUUGUUUUUUCAGUUAAUCAUUUACAUCACCUUUCCUACUCUCUGGAAUUUAAACUUAUUUCUCUAGGCUGGUCCUGGAAGUUGAUAACCUUUUGGCAAAGCUUAGAUUUAGGAGAAGGCUUAUGAGUCCCUGUCCAGAGGGUCUGUAGAUUCUCUUUGCUUAUGACUCUCUGCCUGCAGCCCUGGCAGACCAUACUGUAUGUCAUGGAUACCCAGUGGAAAUAUUACUGAGAUGAAACACAUUUCCCAGGGUAUUUAAACUCUCACUCUGCCACCUUUCUAAGGGUGGGAGGCUGGCAGAGAGAUGCUGCAAUGCUUGAUAAUCAUUUGGCCACACUGAAAUUUCCAAAGGGAGCUUUUGCCGGUGCUUUAAAACCAAAACACCUGGACACUUAGAAAAUUCCAUGAAUCUAGCACAAAAUAUCCAUUCUUGCCCAAGUGUAUCCCCUUUCUCUCCAGCUUAAUCUUUUUUUUUUAAAGCCCAGGCCAAGGGUACUUUUAACUGGAAACCAGGGGAGGAGGGAAGAACACUAGCAGGGAGCUAAGAGGCAGGUUGCUGGGUAAGCCAUCCUGCUCCUACCUGGUGCCUGUAUCUGAAUUGCUGAGUGCCGUGCGCCAGUGCCUUUCCUUCACCUGCAGAUGGAGCCCAUCUCUUUCCACCUGGGUGAGGAGACCCUCUGCUACUCCAGGGGUAAACCUUAAAGAAGGUGUCUUGAAGAGCCCAAAGGACACUCACAUGCUAAGGUGUCCGUUUUAUGCAUCUUUAAAAUAUUUUAUUUAAGAAAAAAAUAGCCCUGCCCUGUCUUAGUGCCACUAAUGGCCCAGUUCCAUCCAUUCUGAAUGGAAGAGCAGAGACUGCCAGCACUUUCCUUGGUCUUCCCUUUGUCUCCCAUGAUGUGUUGUCCCCUCAUCCCUCCCAUCCAUUUCACUGUGUGUGGAUGGAUAGCAGAGGGUACCACGCAGUCCUUGAGGCAGUCCUGUGUGAUUCCAUGAUCAGUUGUUUUUGUAUUCUAACUAUCCUUCCAAACCAGCAGAUGUUUGGAAAUUAGGGAAAAAAUUAAAUUCUCAUCAAUGGUUGCUGUUAUAGUUAAAUCAAUAAAGAUCUUGAGUAUCAA